GGCUGUGAUUUCUUUUCCCCCGUCUUUGUCGAAGCGGGUCCGGAGCGGCGGAUCGUCCGCGGGAUCCGGAUCGGGAUCGGGAUCGGGAUCAGGGGAGGGUCAGGGUCCUCGCCCCCUCGGGCGGGGAGCCGGGGAUGGGGGACGGAUCAUUAUCUGCCGAGCGAGUCCGACAAGAUCCAUGCGAGCAUCAAAAUCUGACCACAACUGUCCUCAAAAUGGCUCAAGGAGUGGGCAGGGGAAAAGUUCCAGUGAUGUCAAGAUCAGGAAAGGACACGGGUCCGAUCUCAGUGAUCACCGAGCUCCUGGCAAGCUGGAAUGAUUCCCAGCUGCUGCAGCUGACGGAUUUCUACCGGGACAGGCUGGAGCAGGCGAUGGAAGGAGGAGUGCACGGAGUGAGCCUGGCGUUAACGGCCGAGAAUCAGUUCAGUGGAGAGGAACAUCGGAAAAUCUCUGAUCUCGCUGAUAAGGGAGAGCGGGCGGACAGUUCUAAACUCCUCCUGAGCCUGGUGAUGGAGAAAGGCUCCUGCGCCCGGAGGGUGAUGUGGGAAACCUUUGUGAAAAUGCGGAAUUGUAUCCCAAAGUUGGACAAAAUACUGAAAGAAAUUCAGGAACAUGGUUGUGUUCCGGUCCAGCGACCCGUCCCGGAGAUUCCCAGAGGGCUGAAAGAUGUUCGACAGAAGCACAAGGAGACUCUGCGGACACAAACGGAAACACUGAGAGUCAACACGAUCCUGAUGAGGGAGAAGGUGAAGGUUUUCCAGCUGGUUGAUCGAUACGCUGAGCUCACGGUCAUUUCUACUGUUCGAGAUCGGACACUGGUGGAACAUGAGCUGCUGGCAAGAGGCAGAGACCACGAGGAGUGGAGAGAGAAACAUCUCCGCCGAGAGCUGGAAAAAAUCGGGAUUGCUCAGCUGUUUCAGAAUAGUUACUCACAUAGAUUUUGGGACAAAAUGAAAAGAUUCUUCACACGAUCAACUUCGGGAUGUUCGGCAGCAGUGGCCGGAGUCCCGGGGAUCGGGAAAACAACACUGGUACAAAAGAUUGUUUAUGACUGGGCCACGGGGAAAAUAUACCAACAGUUCCAGUUUGUCUUCAGUUUCAAAUUCCGAGAUUUAAACAGUAUUAACUGCAGAAUAAACCUGAGGGAACUGAUUCUGGAUCAGUAUCCUUACUUUGGGAAUUCCCUGAGAGAGGUUUGGAAGAACCCAGAGGGAUUGCUGUUUAUAUUCGAUGGUUUGGAUGAAUUCAAUGACAAAAUUGAUUUUGCUGACAGUCAGAGAAACACAGAACCUCGGUCCACAUGCACAGAUUCUGAAUUCAAGUGCAAGGUGUCUGACAUUGUGUACAGUUUAAUCCAGGGCAAGCUGCUCCCAGGGUGUUCAGUGCUGGUCACCACCCGUCCCACUGCGUUAGGUUUAUUGGAAAAGGCAGAGAUCAGUGUCUGGGCUGAAAUCUUGGGAUUUGUUGGGAAGAAACGGAAGGAAUAUUUCAUCAGACAUUUUGAAGAUCAGACGGUGGCAGAAGCUGUUUUCAAACACGUGAAGGAGAACGAGAUCCUGUACACCAUGAGCUACAACCCCUCCUACUGCUGGAUCCUCGCUCUGGCACUGGGCCCCUUCUUCACACAAAGAGUCAGGGACCCGCAGCGAGUUCCCAAGACCAUCACCCAACUGUACUCCUACUAUAUUUACAACAUCCUGAAAAACCACGGCCGUGAGAUUGAGAACCCCCGUGAUGUGUUACUCAGGGUUGGUCAGAUGGCCUUCAGAGGAGUGUCCGAGAGGAAGAUUGUAUUUACAGGUGGAGAUUUGAUGAAGUACAGUCUGCAGCCUUCCCAGUUCCUGUCCGGGUUCCUGAUGGAGCUUUUGGAGAGAGAGGAUUCUGCCCGAUGUGUAGUGUACACAUUCCCACACCUCACUAUCCAAGAGUUUGUCGCUGCAGUCACACAAUUCCUGAUCCCAGACGGCAGAGAUAUCAUGAAACUCCUCACUGAAGCCCACUGCGUGAAGGAUGGGCGGUUUGAGGUGUUUCUCCGUUUUGUUGCUGGUCUCUCCUCCCCAAUGACAGCUCGGGGCCUGGAGGAGUUUCUGGGUCCAUUUCCUCAUGAAACAACCUGCCGGGUGAUUGACUGGGUGAAGGAGGAGGUUAAACGCCAGAGUGGAAACACAUGGAGUGAAGCUGGUAAAAGGAGCCUCCUGAACACAUUGCACUACCUGUUUGAGUCUCAGAAUCGUGGACUGGCUCGGGCCGCACUGGGAUCUGUGGAAACACUUUCAUUCAGUGGAAUGACACUGACCCCGAUUGACUGCGCGGUCCUGUCUCAUGUCAUCGGACUCUGUGAUACAAUAAAACACCUCGACCUGGAGAACUGCCACAUUCAGUGUGAAGGAAUCCAGCGGCUGGGACCCGGGCUGUACAAGUGCCAGGAGUUGGGGCUGAGUUAUAAUAAACUGGGAGAUUCAGGAGUGAAACUGGUGUCUGCGGCUCUGAGGAACCCGGAGUGUAAAAUACAGAAACUGGGGCUGACGGGUGUCGGUCUCACAGAUUCUGGUGCCGAGGAUCUCGUCUCCGCUCUCAGUACAAACCCAUCACUGACGGAGCUGAACCUGGGAGUAAACUCGCUGACAGACCGAUCUGUCCCCGCUCUCCGCCGCCUCAUACUGACCCUCCCGAGUCUGGAGUGGAUCGGGCUGGGGUACAAUCAGUUCAGUAAGACCGGGAAGAAGGAACUGAGAUCUCUGCAGGAACCCAGACCCGGACUGACAGUGUCUGUGUGAACAUCUGAAUGUGUGAACAUCCCCGCCCGCGGGAUGCCGACAUUUUGGCCGAUUCCCCGCCCUCCCCUUUAACUCCCGCCCUUAACUUUAAUGGCCAGGCGCCAGGUUUAAUUUUCAACGGUUUUAACGGAACUCGCUUCAUGCUCGCGCUGCGUGCCGUUCGCUGGUCUCCCGUGGUGACGUAUUCCCACCUCCUGUCCAGCGGCGCUGCUUCCGCCGGAUGUGCGAGUUCGAGAACCCGGGGAAUUACACGGACAGGAAGAGCCCGGGGGCCGGGGCUCAGUCUGGGACACCGGCGUCCCGGGCUGGGAUUAUCCCGGGAGUACGUAAUGCUGGCUGGCCUGCUGCGUUCACCGGUAACUUUUACGUUUCAUGCCGGGGAAUUACACAGACAGGAAGGGCCCGAUGAUGGCGGGUUUUUUUUCUGAGACACGGGUGACUCCUGACCGGAGUGGAUAACUUCACUCACAUCAUCUCUGAACUGAUUCCACAACCUACGGACUCACUUUCAAAGAAUUUACAACUCAUGUCAUUAUUAUUUAAUAUUUUAUUUGCACAAAUUUCCCUUCCUUUGCACAUUGCUUGUUGGUUAGUCUUUGUUUUUGUAUAGUUUUUCAUAAAUUCUGCUAUAUUGAUUUAUUGUCCUGUAAAUGACUGCAAUAAAAUGAAUCUCGGGGUAGUAUAUUGUGACAAAUAAGAACUUUGAUAAUAAGCAACACACAUCAAAGUUGCUGAUGAAUGCAGCAGGCCAGGCAGCAUCUCUAGGAAGAGGUACAGUCGACGUUUCAGACCCUCCCCUUUAACUUAACCUUUAAUGGCCGCGCUCCAGGUGUAAUUCCCAACGGUUAUAACGGGACUGGCUGGGCUCCCGCAGUGACGUAUUUUCGCCUCCUGUCCAGCGGCCCUACUUCCGCCAGGUGAGCGUUUGCGAGAAUCACCCUCCCACGUGAGACAAACCGGAAGAGUCCGGAGUCCGGGGCUGAGUCUGGGACACCAGUGUCCCGGGGUGGGAUUAUCCCGGGAGAGAAUCGUUUUGCUCCCUUUGCUGAGGACGGUGCAUUCGGCAGUCUGACCGAUAUAAUGAUGUAAAAUUGACAAAUACCUCGGCAGUGACCCUGGAUCUGCAGCGAUCUGGGACACGGCUCUGGUGCGUUUUUGUAAACGCAAACAAGAGGAGUUCUGCAGAUGCUGGAAAU